CGAAGUCGUCCAAGCAGCUCUCGAUUUGUAUCCUGGAAACGGGUCCCCCGAAAGACUCGAUUUUCGCUGCGACUCGAACAUGCUGGUUGUAGAAGGGUCGCACGCGCAUUUGGGCGCCAGUGCUAGCGAUGAAGACCCCGCUGACUCUCACGGACUGCUAUUGGACACUGUCAGCGCACACCAAGCAUUCGAAGUAUCUCUCUGCGCUUCUUGCACCCAGGCGAAGGUCUCUAUCAAUGGCAGCUUCUCACCCUCUGAAAGUGACUUCACCGAUCUACGCAGCGGAAACCUACCUCAUCCCCGUCAUCGCUCUCGGCACGACGCCAACGCGCGAGCCGCGGAAAAGCAGGCCCACGAUCUCGAGGGUCACAUCCAACGCUUGCAGGCCUUGACGAAGGUUCUGCAGAAGCAUCAACGCGCAUCGCUUGACUUUGCUGAGCUACAGCGCGGUCUCGUCGCCCCAAUCCGCUGUCUCCCCAAUGAAUUACUGCUGGAGAUCUUUUACCUUGCUUGUGACGGCACCGUCUUGACGUGUCCCCUAAAAGAGGAUGCCCUCACCGCGGUCAACCUCAGUCGUGUGUGUCACUGGUGGCGAGUGGUCGCUCUGGGUGAUGCUCGCAUGUGGGCGAUGGGUAUCGACAUCGAUACACAUGACCGCAGCGACAGCAAAAUUGUCAGAGACGUGCCGGUCAUGCAAUUCAGCGCAACGGUGGGACUUCAUUUGGCCCGUUCCGGAAACUCGCCCUUGUCUCUGAAGCACAUCGGUGCUAACAUUAUCACCAUCGACUCGGGCGAAGUCACCGAGCGACAGCGUCCCGUGUUCUACGCGGACGAUUUCCAAGCCAUGACUACCCGCUGCCGCCACGCUGUGUUCGACUGCACGUCGUUCCGGUUGUAUCUAGGCUCGCGUUCUAAAUACCCUAUGCCGCAACUGGAAACACUGGAGCUUACAAAUGACGAGCCGACACGGCCAUGCGAACUGCUGCAGGACACGCCCCGUCUGAAGUCUUGGAAGCAGACCAUACCCUCGUAUCGCAUGGCCAAAUGGACCUGCCUGCCGCAGCUCACGCGCCUCGAGAUGACCUGGAUGGACUGGACCCUCGCCCGUGGUAUCCUCCUUGACUGUAGUUGUAUCGAGCACCUGAUCAUCGAUGUCUACACCGACCCUCCUAACCUCGACUCUCCCGGCGCACACGGCAUCGCCACCCUGCCCCACCUGCAAACCAUCCGAGCCCGCGUCGACCCGCCCUGUACCACCAUCGGCAACCUCCUCGGCAUCCUCUCCGCGCCCUGCCUGCAACACGCCAGGUUCAUCUACCGCGUCAACGCGCUCGGCCAACGCGUCGUCGAGGAGGGCCCUGGCGACUGGCCGGACGCCCAAUUUCGUGAUUUCCUACAGCGCUCGGGAUGCACGAUGGCAUCUUUGGAGUUGGAAAACCUUCUUCUGUCGAAGGCAGAGCGGGAUUCCCUGCGUAAGCGGCUGCCCGCCGCGACGCGGAUGGUCAUCACCAACAUCCGCACCGUCUUCCCCCAUCCUGGCGCAGACGACCUCUACGAGUGGGAAGGUGGUGCGGAGUAUCAAUCGAGGAGCGACGGGGAGGAGGAAAUAUAAGAGCGCGAGGAUCUAUCGAUGCACGAUAUAGGUGCAGAAGACGAACACAGUGACAGGCAGUAUAGGCUAUAGCGAAGAGAAUGGUGAAGACCCCGGAGAGAACAAUUUUUUAGCACGUCGAAAGCUAAAUGUCUGCUUUCGAAUGUCACACCUACAUACAACUCCUCUACACACACACAUUAGAAUCUAUGGUCAUACUUCAGUCAUCAUCAAGCACCCUCUUUCUCCACAUCAGCGGACGUGCUGCAGCCCACGACUCCCUUCGUCGCGUCAACCGUGUCCUUUUCCGACUCAUGCCCUGUUCGCGCGAAUUCCCCAUCUCUCGCCACCGGUGUGCUGUCACCGACAGAGCCUUCUAGUGUACGCCCCUCGUUCUCUUCCACCACCCGCCCCGCCCUCUCCUCCUGAUCGCGCUCUGCUUGCAGUCUCCUCCUCUUCCGGCGCGCGAGCGGAUUGAGGAUGAGCGCCGCCAGGAUCACGAGGCCAU